AUGGUCGCAGCAAAUCUUCGCUUCCUGUUUAAGGAAGAGGUUGAUGUCUUGACGUGUACUGUGGGCAAUGGCUACAACGCCAUAGCAUACAGGGUAGGGCCAGAGGGCGAGAGAGUUCAAGUGUUGCAAGCAUCAAGCUUGUACGAUACGAAAGUACUGGAAAAGUUGCACGAGAUGUCGCAAAAGCGAGUUGAGGGGUACUUUGCUGAACAUACGCAAAUGAAGCAGGCAGAUUUACCCUCAUGUGAGAUAAAUCUGCCUAGUGUGCAGAUAGCAGCUGUCACUGUUGACCAAGAUAUGACAUUGGUAAAAGAGGAGGAAGGAGGAAAAAAUGUUAAUAAGGACGAUGAGGACGCUCUACUGUUGAACGAAGAAGACCAAGCUCUGGGUGAAAACUAUCAAGCUCUGCGAUCAGAUGAACAGGUUGGGCUUGUUCACGAAGAGCAAACCAAUCCCGCCUCUGAGCCCAACUAUACUCCCGCAACGUCGGAAGAGUCGCCGACCUACUCACUUGAGAAUUCGGAGUCCUGCAGCAAAAACCCGAGAGGCUACUCGAUACUGGUACAAGUUCAGUAUCCUUGCCAGCUUCCUUUGGGCGAGUUCAGACGUGUCAAGAAGCCCACCGGUCUUUCAGUAAUAAGAAUCGCCAAAGAUAUUCUAGAGAAACGCGGAAUAUCCACGGCGGCGUAUCCCGUCACGAGUGUAAGCAUGAGGAAAGCUGAUUGUGAGUAUGAGAUCCUUACUCAUGAAGAUGAUUCUCUGGAAGAUUUGCUCGAUGAUAUCCGCAAGUGGGAAAAGAUCCCUGCCUUUAAAUGCGUUUAUUCCGAGAAACCAUUUUAUUAG